UCUGCCUUUCAUUCGGUUCAAAUUAUCGCGCUUGUGCGGUUGUGCGGAGCGGACGAGUUGGAAAAAACCAGCGAGGUUCAAUAUUUUCUGUCCGGGCGCAUUGUUUGAGGCUCGUUUGGAGAACUGCAGGCGUUCAAAACACGGAAUCGAAAUCGAAUAACAUAGCCCCCUCCACAAAUCCAAUUCAAUCCAAUUCAAAUCGUUCGCCAGUCGAAAGUGAAAUUCGUCGCAGCACAACGGUAAAUCAAAGGCAGACGCGGUUUUUGUUCAAUGAAUGUUCAAUGGAAUAGCCAGCUAACACAAGUCCCGCUAAAAUAAUAAAAUUCAAUUACAAUUUAUUGUAACCGCUUUAAUAAUUAGCAUUGCAAAGCAUCUAUGCUAAAGUGUUUAACAGUUUAACAAAUAACAGCAUAAUCGGUGAUUUGGUGUGCAAUAAGUUGAGAAAACCAGAAACCAAAACAGAGAUCCGCUGACGGACGAAAGAAGUUUCGAAAUCUUUAUGUUUUAUGUAAACAUAUAGUGAGAAACUAAUCAAGACAAAUUCAAAUAAUCUUAGACGUCUUGAACUCUUGCGCAAGAGUAAACCUUUUUGUUUUGGACAAGUUGGCCCCCUAACAAGCAAAACAAAUGCAAAUGUGCGCCCCAAAGACAUAUUACCCCGAAAGUGAUCAAUAAUUGUUUGCCGGAAGAGGAGAUACAACUCAACCAGUUAAGCACCGGACUCAGGGUGACUACUCUUUUCGGAUUCGAUUCUCUUUUGGCUAAAACGACAACUCAGCGAAGUCGACACAAUGUUGGAUCGAUGCGAAAUGCCGAUCCAGCUGGACAACGAGAAGUUGCGACGGGAUGUCAGGUUGUCGGGCUCUCGACUGGAUUUGCCACAACUCUGCAAUGGAUCGCGUCGGUUGGAUGGCCACAACAACCAUGUGGCUGCCAAUGAGACCACGCUCACGACGACAUCCCUAAAUGGAAAUACGAAUGGGAACGGCAGUGGCAACAGCAACAACAACAACAACAACAUCGGAUCGCCCGUCUCCUCAUCGACCACAAACAGCAGUAAUGGCGGCAACGAGCGCGGCUCCUCCACAAAGUCCAACAGCAGCAGUGGAAGUGGCAGCUCGGGAAACUCGGCCAGCAGCACGGGAAGUGGCGAGCUGAAGUGCAACACGCCCAUGACGCCAUCUGAGCUGGUGAAGAAGUUUCGCAACUACCUAACCGAUCUUGAGUUUGAGGAGCUCAAGGUGUACAAGGAGGUCUGGUAUUUUGGCCAGCACGCCAGCAAGAACUACAACAAACCCGCCCCCACAGCCAACACCACAAAUCUGGGCUAUGACGAUGAUAAUGGCAACUACAAGAUCAUCGAACACGAUCACAUAGCCUUUCGUUACGAGAUUCUGGAGGUGAUUGGCAAGGGCAGCUUUGGCCAGGUCAUCAGGGCGCUGGACCACAAGACCAACACACAUGUGGCCAUCAAGAUCAUAAGGAACAAGAAGCGCUUCCUCAACCAGGCCGUCGUCGAACUCAAUAUCCUCGAUGAGCUGCGCGAAAAGGACGCGGAUGGAUCUCACAAUGUCAUACACAUGCUCGACUACACCUAUUUCCGCAAGCAUUUGUGCAUUACUUUUGAGCUUAUGAGCUUGAACCUGUACGAAUUGAUAAAGAAGAACAACUACAAUGGAUUCAGCAUGAGUCUCAUACGACGCUUCUGCAACUCGAUUGUGAAGUGCCUGCGUCUGCUCUAUAAGGAAAAUAUUAUUCACUGUGAUCUCAAGCCGGAAAACAUCUUGCUCAAACAGCGUGGUAGCAGCUCCAUCAAAGUCAUCGACUUUGGCAGCUCAUGCUACGUGGAUCGCAAAAUCUAUACGUACAUCCAAUCGAGGUUCUAUCGCUCCCCGGAGGUGAUUCUCGGCCUGCAAUACGGCACAGCCAUCGAUAUGUGGAGCUUGGGCUGCAUUCUGGCCGAGCUGUACACGGGAUUCCCCCUCUUCCCCGGUGAGAACGAGGUGGAGCAGCUCGCCUGCAUCAUGGAGGUGCUCGGCCUGCCGCCCAAGGUGCUCAUAUCGGUUGCCAGGCGACGUCGGCUGUUCUUCGAUUCCCGUGAUGCCCCGCGCUGCAUAACUAACACUAAGGGACGCAAACGGUCGCCGGGCAGCAAGUCGCUGGCACAGAUCUUACACUGCCAGGACCGCUAUUUCAUCGACUUCCUGCAGCGUUGCUUGGAGUGGGAUCCGGCGGAGCGGAUGACGCCUGACGAGGCGGCCCACCACGAGUUUCUGCAGCCCUCUGCCUCCAGUCGCCAUCGCAGCUGCCGCAUGUCGAGCAGUUCGUCCAGCUCCGGACUCAACAGUGUUUCCCAGAAGUCUUCCUGCUACAGCUUUUCGGAGAUCUCGCCGGGCACUAACGGUCCCGUGGUGGCCUCGAUCACCAGCACCACGGCUGUGCAUAAUGCUGCGAUUGCCACCACAACCAAGUCGAGACAGCAGCCGCCAUCUCAGAGUCACGGCCAUGCCCAAUCUAAUGGACACCUUCCCGACAUCAAGUUGAGUGCCAGCGAUAAGUACAACAGCAUGCAGAAGGUGGCGGUGCGCUCGAAGAUCACGUCCAGCGUCUCGGACCUGGAGUCCGUGCAGCAGUACUCCCUGCACCGCAUCUACGGAGGAGUGGGUAGUGGCAGCACACACCAUGUUUCCUCAGCGGCCACCAGGAAGCAUCUGCCUGGCACAGGCAGUGGAAUUGUGGGUGCCAUGUCUUCCAAAUACGGCAGCUCAACGUUGGCGCACAACCAUCACAAUGUGACGCACCACAAUGCAUCGACGGCCACAAUUGCCACGACCACGCACCACCAUCACCACCACGGUGGGCAGCAGCAACAGCAGUCGUCGUCGGGAGCAUCCACCAUGGCCAUGUCACACUCACAGUCCACCGGCGAUGUUUCCGACAGGGCCAUCUUUGGGAGAGCUUGACUUCGGGCUAGGCCCACCAAGCUGGAGCUGAAGAAGUGCAAGCUGGUCAAUAUGAUGGACUUCUGGAGCUAGAAGUGGCGUCCACAGCACUGCGCUGAUGUUAAGGAGCGGGACGAGGAGUAGGAGUAGGCGAUGGAAUAGGGCUCCUCGCACGUAGUUGUAGUAAUAUUGUUAUGUAUAAGCUAUAUAGGAAUUAUAGACGUGUGUGAAUUGUAUUUGAAUGCGAGCGCAUGCUGUUGUACAUCCACUUGCUCCUGAAAAUCCGUUCCCCACUCGAAAUAGUUGCAUCUAGCUAGAAGGAAAUCCCUUUUCGCAGCACUUUGCAGUAUUUUCAGUUGCCCUUAACCCUAUUUUAUUUCGCUACUGCCAUAGCUAAAGGUAUUCAAAAUCGUAUUCACACCCACAAACCCUUCCCGAAAAGUAUUUUCUUCCCUCCAACUACCAAGGUGUUACAAGUCAUCCUUUCACACUGUAUUCAAAAUGAACAAACCUUCAAAGAUAAAAACAAAAGUGUAAGAAACAAAACAGAAGCCAGCUCAAAGGAACAAGAUAACCUAGAUAUAGUUUAUUAGAUAUGGCAUAUACUAUAUUCUAAACAUAGAUGUAGACAACAUUUGUAACGAUUCACCCAACGCAUCCACUCACCCGAACUCAAAGAUACAUACAUAUUUCUAGGGUUACGACUAAAAUUUCAUACAGCUUCCAUGUCUUUUGCAACAGUAUCAAGGCUGUUAUUAGUUACAUAUGCGAAAUCGAGAUGUAUCUAUAUCUUAAUUGUAAUUGUAUGCAUAGUUUAAGACCUUGGAGGUUCGUUGGCCAAUAUCAUACAUCACACUACAGGAAAUCAGCUCUGUAGCCUACCAAUGCAAUAUAUGUUUGAAUUCCGCUUGGACACGACACAUUAACUUGAUCCCAUUAAACCAAUCCAUACGGAAUACAUGUCAUAAUUUAAUGAAAACUCGUAUAUAUAAAAACUAUAAAUCUAUUAAAACUAGACGGAUUGAGAAAACAAAUGGCCAAUAUCACAACCGAAUAAUAAACAAUCCAAUAUACAAUAAUUGUAGUGCGCCACAUCUAAGUAAACUGUAUUAGUGGCGGCAAACGCAAAAAGAAAUCAAAUAAAAAUGUUUUAUUCAAAUUAAAGUUUGUGUAUUGACGAAAAAACAAGACGGCAGACAGUUUAUUAAGAACUUGUGCUGGGUAAGAUUGCUUACCAAAUCCAGACUGUAAUUUGAACGAAGUUUGUAACCUGUAAUCCUGUAAGUUUAGAUAACACUGUACACAAAUGCAAUUUUUGCUCAUAACUUUUGAAUAUAUAUCACAUAGGACUACAAUACCUAAGCCUAUAUAUACACAGCUGCGAUCCUUUGGAGCUUGUUUCGUAUUAUUUGUAAAAGUUUUCUCUGCCACUUGUCGUAAUUAUCUCGGAUACUUUCUGUAUGUGUUUUAUUAUAAAUUUUGACAAAAAAGCAAAAGAAAUCCAAUUGCAAAACUUGAUUUACAAAGUGUGUUCGAAUUUAACGUUUAGUAUUAAUUAAAUACAAUGAUAAACUUAUAAUUAUAAAAAUAUACGUACGGAUAUAUCAAUUUUAAAUUAAUGACGCAUAUUAAUUGUAUAGAUCAAGAAAAACAACAUGUAAUCAAUUAAAAUUACAAGAAUUUCAAAAAAAAUAAAUGAAAAAGUAUGUACUCAAAA